UCAAACGAGAGGAUUCCGUUAGCUCCGCCCCCUACCGCUGCCCAGGCCCCGCCCCCACCCGCGUUCGGGCUGCUAUGGCAACGGAGAGUGCCGGGCGCAGGCUGGGCCUAGCAGCGCGCCGCAUCCUGUGAUGCUUCUGGCCGGUGGGACGGGGCGAAGAGGGCCAAGUACACCGCGAUGCCGGCUCGCAAGGUCUUCGUGUGUGCCCUGGAACUCCAUAUCCGCACGGUAACAUGCCCAGGUGUUACACUGAAAGCCAGAGAUGAUGUCUACAUCAGCGCCUCCAUUUUUGGACAGCAUAAGAAGACUUCAUGUGUCCGUGCAGUAUUUCCCCUUAUAUUUGAUGAGAAACUGAAUUUCGAAAAGGUAUAUACUGAUGUAGUAGAUCCAGCAGGUCUUGUUACACAUUUGGAAUUUGACACAGCAGUGCUUGAAUUAAUACAAACUGCUCCUCCAGUGGGAGAAAUUAUAGCUGCCUAUGAAGAAAAUACAAGAAAUUUCCUUUUCCCUGCUCCUAAGCGUAAUCGUGGCCAGCAAGGUUCCAUUCGUGAGGUUUUAAUGAGGAAGACCAACAGUUUCACAGGAAUUGCACCAAAAUUGAAGUUUUACACGACUUGUCUUAUUUCUGAAAGCCUGUUAAGUUCAGAAAAAGCUCAAAAGCAGGAUAACUCAGAUUGGCAGCAUCAUGCACCAACAGAUGGAACGUUGCAGACAAGGUCGCCAAAAAAGAACACAACUUCACCUGAGAAAGUCAGGAAUGUCAUAGCCACGAAGAGCUAUGAACAGCCAACAAUAGCAUCUCUUUCUCGAUCUCCAUCUCCUUACACAAAGAGGCGAAUGUCUGAGCUUCUGCAAGUUGGGCAACGCCUGGCCCACUUAGACCUAGGGCCUUUCGAUUUUAAAAAAGAAUCAGAUAGGCCCCCGUUUGUAAUUCGCCGUGUAGAACAACUGAGUCCGUCACCUGAUGUUCAUACUUGGUGUCGUUCCAGGGAGAAUGUCAAAGAUGAAACUACCUGUGAAGAUCCUACACUUCUUGGCAGUUACAGACCGAAGAAUGUUAAAAUUAUGCGGUCAUUUCAAGAGAAAGACUUCGGUGGUUUUUCUGACAACUAUGAUGAGCACUUGAUGUCAAGCGUAGCAGGCAGACAGCUUCAUCCAACUCGGUUGCUAACGCAUUCAGCACCCCCAUCGUUGCAGAAAUAUUCUUCAACUCCUGUUUUGAAUCCCUCAUCUCUUAAAGAAAGGUUUCGUUCUGUUUGGAGCACACCAGUAAAUGGAGAAGAUAUCCAUAAACGGGUGAAAAAUAUUUUAAGGACGCACAGUACAAGGCAAAGACUGACAUUUGAUGACAGUUGCUUGUCAAAAGAAGAGUCUGCUAGAACAAGCAAGACAAGGACUUCUAAUAAAAAAGAAGUUUCCUGUAUAGAUUCUUCAAGCUACAACGAGCUGCAGAGCAGUUCAUCCAUACGACAGAACAUCAUGGUUCAUCUGGAUAAUGGUGAAUAUUGGACCAGCCAAGCUUCUGAGUAUAAAAACAAACCACACAGAGCAAUCUUUGAGGACAGUUUGGAGAAAAUCUAUCGAAACAUGUAUAGGAAAGCUUCGGGCUCCAUUUCAAAAAAUUAAUAAGUUUUUCUUAGAACAGGUAGAAAUGAACAAUAUACAAGAUAGAUAAUUUAAAGGUGAUGUUUAUCUGAUUAAUCUUUGUACUCUUUCUUUUUUUUUACCUGAAAUAUUUUUACAUGAACCUGUGAAAUUCUGAGGCUGGGACUCCAAAAAGGAAAGAAAUAAAAUCUGGAGAAUAUUAA